CCUAGGUCAGCGCGAGGGUCAUUGCGUUGGUGUUUCUUAUGUUGUAUCCUAUAAAUAUUAUUGUUUUAGUGCUAUGCACAUGCUACACUGCGGUGCAACAGUUGUCAGUGUCAUGAGAAAAAGGAAACUGGGAAGAUGGCCAAUGAAACAACCAUUCGUUCUGAAAGCAGCUCAGCAUCAAAUAUGAGUCAGGAAAGUGGAUUUACAUUGGAGGUGGGUGACAACGCAGGUGGGAUUUCUACACAGAGACAUCAACUGGAUAAUGCAGAGUGUGAAAAAAAACAGUACCAGUGUCAGCUGUGUGCUAUGCUGUUUACAUCGCAAGCAGGAUUGAGUAGUCAUACAUGUGUUGGACUUGACAAAUCAUAUUGUGAUGAAAGCAUCAGUGUUUCCACACAUCAAAGUACCCAUGGUGUGAAAAUGACAUCUGGGAUGAUCAGACCGAACCAGCACCAAUACAACUACAGCGGAAAACAGUUAUCACAUCAAAAGAGAAUGCAUAGAGUCAACUCAACACCAGAACAAUAUUUUUUCAAAUGUAAAUAUUGUAGCGACUAUUUAGCAAACAAACACACAUUUAGGCAGCAUCUGAAAUCACAUGAACGUGAACGUUUGCAAGCGAUUCAUCGAUGCAAGUUUUGUCCUAAAGUCUGUUUAAUGGAAAGUCAGUUGCUUUGCCAUAUGAGGAUACAUACAACUCAAAAACCAUUUAAGUGCACACUUUGUCAUAAACAGUUUUCAGAUCAUCUCCAGCUGGUGACUCAUCACAAAACACAUGCAGAUGAGAAACCAUUGCAAUAAGAUUUUAAUACUUGGGUUACCACCCAUGGACCAAUUGCUUUGCCUUGCCUAGUGUUAGUGUUGUUAACAAUUUCAUUUAAUCAGGGCUACUGUAGUUUUUGGUAAAACUGGAUGUAUUAUCUUGUUGCAGUUCAAAUCUGGCAUUUAUGUCAAAUUGUU